CUCCCUCUCUCAAGUCUCACCCCUUUGUUAGUUCGUCUCUCUCAAGUCUGCUCUUCGUCGCCUCUUUUCCUCUACCGGCCGAAAUUCCAAGACAUCUUUCGCCAGGACAGCUGGAAUCAAGACUACUGCAAUCCCGCCUCUCAAGCUUCAGCCUAGAUUACUUCACAGUCCUGAAAUCGCUUUAAGUUCUCGAAUUUCAGAUGAAAUGUUUGAAGCCUCUUCGAAUCCGGAAAUGACCAAGCUUACAAGUAUGGGGCAUAUUACUAGAGGAAAAGAAACAGGUGUGUCUGGACUAGAAAGCAUUAACCAGCAUCGCAUUCAUGGAUAUAAUUUGAAUGGAGGUGCAUCUGAAAGGCAAGCUUCAAUAACAAGAUCAACCACGUCACAGAAUGAUUUUGUUAGAGUCCAUGAAAGAGAAGAAACAGGUAUGUUUGAAGUAGAAAGCCUUAACCAACAUCAUACUCAUGGAAGUAAUUUCGAUGGAGGUGAAUUUGAUAGACGUGCCCCACCAUCAAGAUCAACCACUUCAUAGAGAGAUUUUCUCAGGGUCCAUGAAAGAGAUAAAAGAUGUGUGUCUGAAGUAGCAGCCCUUCAUGACUGUCGGACUCGUGGAGACAUGGAUGGAGUUUCGUUUGAAAGACAAGCUCCAAAAACAAUAUCAAUGACUUCACAAAGAGAAAUUCUCCCACUCCAUGAAAGAGGUAGAAGUACCAAUAUCUCAAUGAAUACAAGUGUUGGGGAUGAAAAUCAUAUGAACUCAUCCGUACAACAAGCUACUCCAGUACUUCGUGGGAAAACAAAGUGUCAAAACUAGAAGAGAAAAAGGGAUAUCAUUCCAAACAAAGUGGAGAUUGAAAUCCCACCUGAGCUUAAUCAUGUUGUUGGGAUGAACAGCACUCAAUUUAUUAGUGAAGCGAGUUAUUUGAUGAAACAAUGCAUGCCUUUGGAUGUAGAGAAUUGGGGUCAUACACAUGCCGAUAAAAAAUGGAAGUAUUUCAUGAAAUUAAAGGAAUUAUUUAAAUUGCCUGAAGGGCGUCAUGUAGAAAAAACAAUCAAAAGGCGAGCAAACACCUGGUAUAGAAAGUGGCGUUACGAUUUGAGAAAAAAAGCCUAUUCUGAUCAUCCAACAGUCGCUGGUCGUCUUGCUAAUUGUCCUAGUGAAGUAGAUCCUGAAGAAUGGAAAUGGUUGGUGACUUACUGGGAUAGGGAAAAGUUUAGGCGACGCAGUGAGACCAACAAAAACAAUCAGAAGUCUCAAACAAUGUUUUCUAAAGUUGGCACAAAAUCAAUUGCAAGUUCCUUCUACGAUAUGCUACAAGCAAAGAAACCAGAUUCAGAUGAGUGUGAUGAAGAGAAUCUAUCAGAAACUGAAGAAGUGGAAGAGGAACCAUACUAUUUGGCCCUAUGGGAAAUUACUAAGAAACGCAAAAAUGGAACUUGGUCCGAUGAGUAUGCAGAGAAAGCAUAUGAUGAUCUCAAAGCAUUGCAUCAGGAACAACUGGAUAAAUAUGGAGAAGAUAAUCUCACUCCACAAGAGGCUCUUGAGAUUGUUCUUAAACAUAAAAAAGGGUCAAUUCAUCAAAGGGGCAUGGGACAAGGAGUGUUGUCAUUUCAUUCUUAUGUGAAGAAAGAUAUUACAAAGGUUCUUGAGCAAGAGAGGAUUGAUACUGAAGUGAAUAAAAGAGCGUUUGAAAUUAAUGAUUGGCUUCUUUACCACGUUCAGAGGGCAUCAAGUAAUUCAUCUCAACAUGUUCAUUUCACUUCCAAGGACCAUAGCCCUCUCGAAUGAUACAAGAUCAAGGGUCAAUAUGAGAGAUGUCAUUCAGUUUCUACGACUUUGGGUGGAAUUACAUUCGAGAUAGAUGUGACAAGAUGAAAUGAAAAGAUGAAGCUUAUUAUUAGAUGUUAAGCGUUUAAGAUACUUUAACAAUUUUGCCAUGUUUAGUACUAUAUUUAUUUUAUGUCGAUUGGGAUAAUAUAAUUGUUAACACUUG